AUGGCGUUGAUCAGCCAUUCGCCGCCGUUCUUCUUCUUCAUCCUUCUCACAUUAACAUCUCUGUUUUUACAAUCGUACCCAGUUCAUUCAUUCAAUUGCGCAUCGGAGAAGUUCACAAACAAGAAAAUCUAUUCAAAUUGCACCGAUCUACCCACCCUGAAUUCUACCCUCCAUUGGACUUACACCCCACAAAACUCCUCCCUCUCCGUCGCAUUCAUCGCACCUCCGGCGACACCGAACGGCUGGAUCGCAUGGGCAAUCAACCCCACCGGGACCGGCAUGAUAGGGAGUCAAGCGCUCAUUGCCUUCAAGAACUCCAGCAGCUCAAUGGUCGUGAAGACCUACAACAUUACCACGUACGCCUCCAUCGUUGAAGGGAAGAUCUCGUUCGAGGUUCUGGAGUCUAGGGCGGAACAUUCUGAUGGAGUAAUGAAGAUUUUCGCGACAGUGAAGUUGCCGGAGAAGAUGUCGGAAGUGAACCAUGUGUGGCAGGUUGGGGGUUCGGUUAAAGACGGAGUUCCGGUGAAACAUGGGUUUUUGCCGGCGAAUAUGAAGGCAAUGGGUAAGCUGCAACUGGAAGGGAAGGCACAAAGUAAUGGUACCACCGCCGGUAGUCCCGCCGUUGCUCCGAGCACUAGUUCGUCUUCCGGUAUCACCGGAAUUUACGUGAUUCCUAUCUUUUUUUCAUGUUUAUUUGGAUUUUUCUAA